CCCGCCGGCACCGGCGCUCUAGCCACCACGGCUCCAGUUACGAGAAAGUUUCUUCAGAAUUAAAAAUAUAACUAUUAAAGGGUAGUUUUCGUUAGUGUAACGUGGAGUGCCGUGAUUCAAGCAACAUGCGGUGGCUUCUGGUGGCGAUUUGCUGCUACGUGGUCUGUUCAGUCUCAUCGGCACCGGCAGAAAGCGAUGAACCGUACCUGAAAAUAAAUACUUUGAAGAACACGUUCAACGUUGGCGAGAAGAAAGCAAUCUACUGCGAAGGACAACAUAUAACGGGGGACCUGGAAUGGUAUGAUCCCUCUGGCGCUAAGAUACCGCCGAGAUCUACCAAGGCUAAGAGGAUUUAUGUGGAGCCCCGUGGUGCCACUACUGACGGACCCACAUUUUUGCCUUUGAUGAUACAGAAUUUGAUUCUUGCUGACUCAGGAACCUACAUUUGUAAGGCUGGGGAUCUAAGUGGCAAUAUUACUAUUUUUGUGGGCGAAAAAGUAGUAAUUAAAGAAUCGGAAGAAGAUCUAGUCGAGGAAGAAGGUCAUCAUAUUGAUUUAUCCUGCCAAGCCAAAGGUACACCAGUACCAGAUGUUCAGUGGUACGAUAAAGACAGCCAGCCCAUAGUUAAUAAUGCAAAAUACAGGAUCACUUAUAAGCCUAGAUCGAGCACUAGCGUUCUAAGAAUAAAUGACCUGAGUCAUAUGGACCCCGGUACUUAUAAAUGUAAAGCAACACAGGAAAAGAUUUCACAUUUUGCGGAGAAGUUUUUCCACUUAAGUGUGAGGCACAAGCCGGUAAUAAUCAACGAAUAUUCGGAGAGUGAAGUGUACGCUAUUUUAGACGAAUGGAAAAAUAUAACGUGCAAGGCCAUCGCAUAUCCCGCGCCUACCUUCACCUGGUCGAAACACGACGACAACUAUGACGAGGAAAUGAGAAGCGAUGGCACGGACCAUAAAAUCACCACGUCAAAAGAAACAGAAGGGAACUCAGUGCUGACGCUACAUAUUACAAACGACACACUCGAAAAGCAGUACAAGUGUACGGUCGAGAACCCCAAGGGUCGCCAGAACUUCAUGUUCCACGUGUCGCUGGGGAACAAACCUGACCCACCAACUGCUGUUGUGAUGUCGUCUGCAACUGCAAAUAAUAUAACAUUCGAAGUUUCCUGUGAAAACUGUACAUUUUACAAAGACGAUGGCAUAGCUCCUAAACCAGAAAAUCUGCCUGUUCUUGGUUACGUCUUUGAAAUUGUACCGCACAUGGAGGGAUUCGCGGUACCAUACUGGCUGAAUGGGACGCAAUACACGUUCGACAUUACUUCCGAUAACGAGACAACCUUUACAAUCGGCAAUUUGGAGAAGACGACAGAGUACCACGUAAGAGUAGCGACACGAAAUAUUGCUGGCCAAUCCGAUUGGUUCGACGUUGAAGGAUUCCCUAAAACAACGGAUGGUGCUGCUACCUUAACCAAAUCGAUUGGGUUACUUAUCUUCGCCUUAUAUUUCUCCCUAAGAUACUAAUGUUUUAUGCCAACUACGCGAUUCUCAAAGAGAAAUGUGUCAAUAAUAUUGCUUUCUUUGAAAAUUUUGCUCCGGAACGGCUAACAUAACUUAUUGAAGUUGUCGCAGUAAAUAGUCUCUUUCUUAUCAGUAGUUAAGAUUAAGUGACGACUGUUACGUAGCUCAACGUCAGUUUUGAUAGCCAUUUAAUUGUUGAUUUUGUACCGGGGAGGUCAGAUUUUACUACGGCGCCAUUUUAAUACACUAACUGCCCUAUUCGAACUUUAAGAUACGCCAAUUAAUAGAUCUAGAAACGAUAUGGAUUAGAUGUGUCAGUGUCAAAAGUGACGUUUUUGUUCGAAGAAAUGUCACAUUUAACACUGACAUAUCUAAUCCAUAUCUUUUCUAGAUCUAUUAACUGACGUAUCUUAAAGUUCGAAUUGGGCCGUAACGCAAUGCUGCUGGGUUCUCGUAGCUGAUGCAGAUUCUAGCAUACGUGAUAUCCAAAAUGUAAUUAAACGGCACCGUAGCGUAUCCCGGAGUAAAUGAUUUCAUGGAGACAUUUUUUUACAAAUGUUUUUAAAGUGUAAAUGUGCUAAAAGCUUUGUUAUUGUAGAGCUUGAUAUAAAACCUUGUCCCUAUGACGACAUUUACAAGCAUAACAAAAUUGUAGAUAGACAAUUAAUACUUGUAUAAUUACUUUAGAAUAGCUACAUUACUAUUUUGUACUAUUCAAUCUUUCUUGUAACAAAUAGACCCAGAGCUAUAUCCGGAAUCUAAAAAAAGGUAUAUAAUUUUGAGAGCAGCGAAAACCCUCUAGUUAGUUUGCUAUAUAUCAUCUUUACUACUUACUGGGUCUGAAUGUCUGACAGCUGUUUAUUUGUAGAGGUCAGAGAAACAUGCCAGCAUCGACGUUUUGUCAAUCGAAUUGUACUUAAUAAAGACUAAUAAAGACACCCACCGACAUAAGGACGAUUACGACGCAACAUUUAAAUACACCAAACAAACUUAUCCACACACCCACACACAAACAUACGUAGACAGACUGCUAACAACAACACUUCCUUUUAGCAUUACAAUAGCCUAGCAGAAAUGACAGCAGAGUCCGGAGCCCUACAAAUUAAAAUAUAAUUUGCUAGCACAGACCAAAACACUCAGUGACUUACUUAGUGACAGCACUCAGACCUCUAGCGUAGCCGCCAGAAUCUCAAAUCUAGUAAAAAAGGAUCGUAGACCUAUAGCAAAAUAACUAGGAGAGGGGGGGGGGAGGUUUCAUUGCUCUCAAAAAUCUUUUCCUUUUUUCUGGGCUAGCUCUUAGUCUAAGAGCUAAAUGGCUGAAAUAUAAAUGUUAAAAAUGACUAAGUAUGCCACACAAUAUAAGUAAAAUACAUGUAAUAUGUAAGAAUUUCGCAAACAAGAAAUAAAUUAAUUUGCAAGCUUAGCCAUUUUGAUAUAACAUAAUUAGGCUUUCAUAUUAUUAGGUAGGUACGUGUAAUUAUUUAUAAAUUUAUUGAGAAGGGCACCAAAUGAAGUCGCAUAUUUUGCAAGCUAUAAUAAGUUAGGUAUAUUUAUUCAAAAGAAAUCCCUCAUCACAAAUACCAUCAUUUAAUUUUUUUUAUAUUUAAUAGUGCAUUAUCUAGUAAAUACUUAUUAGCCCAACGCGAAGCCACGAUCACCAUGCCACAAUGUCUAAAUUCAGAUUUAUUUAACUACUUAUAGACAAAAACACGUCCUGGGUCGGAUAAAUAUGCAAUUACAGAAUUACGCCAACUAUCAUAAUUUGUUGAAGGUUUUCAGAAUUUCGGUCCAUUACGUUUAGCUUAAAUACAUAUGGUGCGGUGCGGUAUCAAAAUCAAACAAAUAUAUCAUACUAAUAUUACAUUACAUAUAUAUGAUAAUUAUUUCCUAAAAGAUUUAUAAAAUAACAGUUUAGUAGCAGUAAAACGUGCAUAAUAAUUAUUGUUUAUAUUAUUGGCUUAACCAUGAUAAACUUAAUGUUAGUAUAAAGUUGUAAUCGGGUUGAUUUGGCUUUGUAAAUAGUCUACGACUUGUUAACCUCAAUUUAAGCAACUAGGUGUAAGAUUAAAGGACUUGUUAAUCUACAUAAAUAUUUUGUUGAGUAUUUACUACAAGAGCGGAUGUGUUCUCUAGCUUACACAGUGAUCGGCCUAUAAUUAGGUCUAGACGGUGAACCGAUAAUUACUAACUUCACGCCCUAGGUAAUCCUAAAGAUUCAUUAAUUGUAUUAGAUGCGUACGAUCGCGCUUCAAAUUAGACAGCAAAUUUACAUGUAGAUGGCGCUGUACGAUUCCUUAACCAUGGAUGUCAAAAAAUUAACAGUAGGUACGAGUAUAUGUUAUUUAGCUGAAAAACUCGGAAGCACCAUCUUUCUCAAACUUUACUCAUCUUUUACAAUCAAUUAAUCUUUGCUAACCCUAAAUUCUUAUUACACUUUUACUAUUUAGAGUUAGAAGGCCGUUCAACCAUGAAGCCUUUACUUAAUAGAACGUUUUUGGAUUAAGAAAGUUUAUGUCACACUAUUCUAGUGAUAAGACUGAUUUCUUAUAAAAUGCCUUAGACGAACACGCAGCCUUCUUUUCGCUAGACACAUCAAAGGUCUAUUGUUUCAAACCGCCUGAAAUCAUAACUUACAAUCGUUAUUUGUUAUUGCCCUUGUGCCCUCUUGGGUUAUGUUCGAUGCUAAGCUAACCUAACAAAGCCAUUAUUCCAGUUCACAAAUCUCCAUAUUUUUUUAACAUUGUUUGGCUUCCAGAAACGUCUUAGCGGAGUGCUGGGCCUAACAUACGGCGUUGCAUGAAAUCUAUGUCUACAUUUUUGAUUUAGUUGAAAAUGAUACUAAACUUGACUUAGAACCUAAACUUAAAGAAUUAUUAACCUUAGACGUCGCAGACGCUUAAAAAUCCCCCACCCCCCACCUGCAUCAAAAAUCUGGGUGGCUCCACUUCUUAAAUCCAUCCUUGGGUCCUAAAGACCAAUCCUGCCAAAGGAAAUCUCUUGUUCAUGCAACGCCGUGGUUGACCUUUUUAUGCUCUGAGCACACUCAACUAUCUUGAUAUUUAUUAUUUAUUGCACACAAAGAGAAAAUAAAACCAGUACAACGAUAGUUUGCACAGAGUAGUUGUGGUACUUGAACUUAAACUUUUGUUUAUGUCUAUACCUAAAGUACAAUUUUUAUGUAAAUUUAAUAAACCUUCUUUUUCGGAAAGCGUUCGUAGUUAAAACAUGAUGUAUAUUUAAAUAAGAAUAUCUAAUUCUGAUGUUGCACUUAUUUACACGUAGUAUUAUAUUAUUCUUUAAGUUGAUGUGUGAUUUCUAUAUAUGUAAUACAUAAUUUUAAAUGUGUAAUGGAUGAAAAUCUAUUUCAAGAAAGACAAUAUGUGUACAGGUAAAAUACCAAAGAUUUCGUUUCUUAGAAUUAAUCAAUGUAUUUUAAUAUCAUUUAAGGCAUUCCUAAAUAAUUUAUUUUAUUAUUUGUAAAUAACGAGGAUGUAUACAUACUAAGGCAAUUAUUAUGGUCAACCAAAAACAAUAACAUCCGUCAAUUUUAUAAGAGAUGACUAAUGGUCUAAGAGCUAGGCGCGUGAAAGGUAUACAAUUUACAGUUCAACAAUAGAUACCCCAUUGUGUUGUAUCUUAUUACUUGAUCAAUACAUUAGUAUGGAGGCCAAGGAAGGGGGUUUUCAGGGUUAGCUCUUGGUCCAUAAGGCUCAUAGUUAAGACUGAGUUUCUUAAGUCUGUUAUAACUAAGGCAGAACAUGCGGAAUUGAUUUUUGGAAAGUCGAAAAUAAAGCUAACGCCGUGCACACCGUGCAAUUAUUACAGUA